GAAUCUUGAGGCUGAUCUCCAUCUCCGACGAUUCCACCGGCGACGACGAACAGUUCGUGAAGUUUGGCGAGACUGUGAACUACGAAAUUGCAAGGGAUGCACAGUCUGGAGAAAGUGCACGAUGAUUCUGCCAACAAGGACAGCAAAGUCUCUGCUGAAUUGGAGCCUUCUAUUAGUCCAAAUGGUGAUAUCGAGGAAGAAAAUGAUAUUGCAAAUAUGAAUUUGGGAGACUCUAAUGCUCUAGCAAAUGGGCUCUCUUCCAUGCUUAUGAACAUCAUGAGGGAUUUUGACUCCAAAGCUGAUGAUACUCUUAAAAGCCAAAGCCAGCUUUCAUUUUCCCUUGACCGACUUACUUCAGAACUGGAUCAAUUACUUGAAGAUGCUCCUUUUCCAUUCAUCAUGCAGCAUGCCUUGAGGAUUUCUAGUGUAAGAAAGAGAGUGUUGUCUCUAAAUUCCAUCUUAAGAUCCGUACAACGAAGAGUAGAUAACAUAGAUCGGGUGAUCUCGAUGAGUAAUUUACCAGCUCUGGAGACGGAAGAAGAGAGAGAGAGAGAGAGAAAUAGGGAGUAGCACCAAAACAGAUGGAAGUUGACUGGUGGAGGGCAGUAGGGUUUGACAAUGGGGAAAAAGAUUGAUUUUGGAACUUAGUCGAGGAAAUAUGGUAUUUACAUUUUUAAAAUGCUGUAUAUGAAGAAUGAAGUAAAAUUUUGAAGUGACUCCAAAUGGAAGUUUUAUGUAUGAACUCCCAUAAUGUCACGAGAUACUUAAGGUCCUAGUGGACUAUUUAAGAGAUAUUACUCUACUAGAAUAUCAGUGCCUUUGUAUUUGUGUGUCUGGGUCACCUUGCGUGUAUCUUGACUAAUCUCAUGGCACAACCAUCUGACCGUACUACACUUGGUUGCCAAGGAAACUCUUAAGAUGUUAAAUGCUAGGUAGAUGACUACCAUGAUCGUAACUAUAUAUAUAUAUAUAUAUUCUCUCUUCUCUCUUUUCUUUUCUUGAAGGGGUGGACAUGAAGCGGUG